AUGUUUUCUGAAACAUUCGUACCGUCCAUAUUCUCCUAUAAGCACCGCCUACUUCAUCUAUCAGUAUUGUUCUUUAUAGUUCCGUAUUGGUACAGCCAUUACAAUGAACAACACCGUCUCUCCUCUUAUUCCGUGGAAACUGCGAUGUUUCUAUCAUGGGAGAGAGCCAUUGUGAAGCCUGGCGCCAUGUUCAAAAAAGCGGUGAUAGGAUUCAAUUGCAACGUAGAUCUAAUUGUGAGCGGAGUACGUGUAGUGGAGGCGCUGAACACUACAUGUUCAGAAGGAAAGGAUCAGGAAUCAAUGGAGAGCUUGGCAGACUUACAUCAAACCUUCGCGCACUUCUUCCAAAGAGGCGCUGCAGCGGAAAGAUACAUGUCAUCAGAAGAACAAUUCAACAUUCUUGUCAAUGAAGCAGAAGCAUCCACAAGAUCUCAUCAUCACAUUGGAGGAAACGCCGCAUUGAUGGCUGACAGAAUCGCUGCCAACUUCCCGAGCACUGAAGUCUAUCUAGUUGGGCCAAUCGGUCCACGAAGUCAAGCUCUUAUUCAUCCAAGUGUCAAGAGAACUAAUUCUACAAGGAUUCUAAAAGACGAGCUUCAUGUGAUUCUAGAAUACAAACAAGGAGAAAUUCUGGGCGAUUGGGUUGCCCCUAGUAGCAGUCGUUUUAUCACGAGUCACGAUCACUUCAGUGGUUCCAUGGUUGUAAUGGAGAUGUUCUUCAAGGCAAUCGCUCAGUUCCGUCCGGAUCUUGUCAUUAUUACAGGAGUUCACUUGUUGGAAUUCCAGUCGAAAGAAAUGAGACAGGAAAAAAUGCGACUCAUCAAACGGAAUCUUCUGCAAAUCAAUCCGAAAACCCCAAUUCAUUUGGAACUUGGAAGUUUGGCUGAUGAAGCUUUCUCUACUGACGUCAUCAGCAAGAUUCUUCCAUAUGUAGAUUCGUUAGGAAUCAAUGAACAGGAACUGACAUUCUUGUCUCAUAUCGCUGAUGGGCCUUAUAGAGAGGAGUAUCCAGUUCAGGCAGGAACAGUACACGUCCACAAGGUUGUUGAGAUGCUUCACUGGCUUCUGAAAACCUACGGAAGAGAUCCGACGGGACAAAAUCCAAACAAAGUGGGAUACCGUUUGUCACGAAUUCAUUUCCACUGUCUCACCUAUCAUAUCAUGGUUUCAUCGGGUACCGAUUGGUCCAACCUUGCUGCUGGACUUGCUGCUGGCGCAAGAAUUGCCGGGCGACUCUCAUGUAACAUAGGAGCCAACACCAUGGACUCAGAACUGCUGGAAAUUAGAACUGCCGCUAAUUUUGUACUCGACAAAAAGAUGGAAAAGCAUUAUCAGUUCGAGUCCCAUAAUGAAAUGCUCUCCCCACUUCGACUCUCUCGCCUUUCCAUUCGAUUGAUUCGAAGAAAACCACCAGUCGAAAAAGGAAUUCUGGAUGAAGGCGUGACUUUCUCAGACGUCCACAAUGUGAUUCUAACUCCCACAACACGGCUACCAUACCCGGAAGAAGAGUUGCGUGAUCAUCUGGAGAAGACAUCGUCUGAAAUCAUGAAAGAAAGAAACAAGCAACGAUAUGGAACGCGGAAAAAGAAAGACUUGGGUCUCAUUGAUUUCAGUCAUUUGCCGAUUGAAGAUCACGUUGUGGCACUGUUUCCUGGCCAAGGAGCUCAAUUCGUAGGAAUGGGUCAGAAAGUUGUGGAAGUUCCCGCAGCGAAACGAAUCUUUGAUGAAGCAUCUGAAGUUCUUGGUUACGAUAUGCUGAAGGUGUGUCUGGAAGGUCCAAGGCAAAAGCUUGAACAAACGCUCUACUGCCAACCAGCAGUUGUCACAUCAUCUGUUGCUGCCUUCGAGGCACUCAAAGCUUCAGAUCCAUCAAUUGAGGAAAACUUGACAGACGCUGCUGGCUUUUCUGUUGGAGAGUAUGCAGCACUUGUCGCCGGAAAAUGUCUUAGUUUUGGUGACGCGAUUAGAAUUGUCAAAACCAGAGCAGAUGCGAUGUCAGAGUGUGGGAAGCUAGUUAAAAGUGGAAUGGUUACGGUUCGAGUGAAAGCGACAUCAAAGCUUGAUAAGGCUAUGACAGAUGCUCGAAAAGUAGCGAUCGAAAAACGCGAAUUGGAUAUUUGUGAAGUUGCCAACUAUCUCUACUGUGGUGUUCGUGUUAUCGGAGGAUCAGAAACAUGUCUAAAGUUUCUAGAAGACAACCAAGACAAGUAUAAAAUUCAAGUACUGAAAAGACUCGCUGUUUCAGCGGCGUUUCACACAAGACAAAUGGAAUCGGCAGUGGACAAAGUGGCUCAAGCGUUCCGAAAUAUCGAAAUGCACCGUCCGGUUUGUAAUGUCUAUUCGAAUUACACCGGAAAAGUGAUGUCUUCGAAAAAAGGAGAUGUGAGGGGGGCGGUAGCAAAGCAAGUCAACUCGCCUGUCAGAUGGGAACAGAUUCAGCAAUUUUUGUUCAGAAAACAUCAGAACGAAGUAUUCCCUCGAUUCUACGAAGUUGGACCGGGACGGCAACUUGGUGCAAUGCUAUUC